AUGUUUCACUUUUCUAGACCGAAAUUAAUCGUGAAUACAAAACCAAUUUUCGCAUUUGAGAGAUGGGCGCAUACCACACUAAGACGUAGAACGAAACGUGGAACCACUGAUGCGACCUCACGAGACCAUAUCCUUCACAGGGAGAUAGUUGAGCUUAUUUCGCUGAAGAAUAUCGAUUCUGGCCGUGUGCGUGUUUCUGAAGACAUAAUCAAUCAAUUCCUCAACAAAAGCAAUAGCAGAAAUGUGACUUUGCGGAAUGUGGAGAUCGUAGCUCAAACUUCUGAGGCCGAGGGAUUGGCCAUUGUUCCUAGAUUGUACGAAACAGAGACAGCCGCAAUCGAAAACGAUGGAGACUAUCGUGCUGGUGAAACUUUUGAUGUUGCUGAAACUACUUUGUCGAAGAAAAAGAACCACAAACUUACAGUAUUGAAGGUUCCUAAGACUGUACCUGGAGACAUCGUGGACGUCACUCUCCGACGCCACUACUUGAAUUAUGCGGAAGCUGACUUGAAUUACAUUGUACUGGUGAAAUCACCGAAACUACGUCAUGACAAGCUCGUGGUUUGCAAACACUUCGACCUGUGCCAAGGAUGCCAGCUUCAGAUGGUCACCUAUGAUGAGCAACUUGCAUUCAAACAGAAUGUUAUUAAUAAAGCAUAUAAGUACUUCUAUCCGGAACUCGAUCGUGAGUCGUUGUGUGACUUUGGACAUGUUAUUGACUCUCCAAUGCAAUACGGAUACAGAACGAAACUCACGCCGCAUGCAAAAAUCCCAAGAAAAAUUCAUGAGGAUUACUUGCCUUUGCCAUUGGGGUUUGAAAACGUAAAGAUCGGUAGCCCAGUGGUGGAUGUCGACUUUUGUCCCAUAGCGGUGCCAAGUAUAAAUGAGAAACUUCCUUUUGUCAGAAAAUCAUUUCAAAAAAAUGCCAUGGCUCAAGCAAAGGGUGAAAUUAAGGGCCAGCUACCCUCAACGCUUCUCUUAAGAGACUCUGUCAGAGAAUUGGGUUCUGCAAACACUGAAUGUUUGACAAAUCCAAAACAUGUCGUUACGGAAACAGUCGGCAACAAGGUGUUUCAGUUCCCUGCGAACGAUUUUUUCCAGAAUAAUCGAUCGAUAUUGCCCAUCUUUUUGGACUUCCUCCGCUACAAAAUAUCAGACAUUGAAGGGCUGUUCAAGCAUAUUGUGGAUGCCUAUUGUGGAUGUGGCUUCUUGAGCAUUUCCCUAAGCGAUGCGGUGCCAAAAGGGGGAAAAGUCUUUGGAAUCGAGCUUGCUGCGCCUUCCGUUGAGCAUGCUCAGCACAACGCACGCUUGAAUGGGCUCUCGAAAGAGGAUGCUGUUUUUGUACAAGGGAAUUCGGAUGAUAUGUUCACGCAUUCAGAAUUUCUUUCCUCCAAGGUCACUGGCGAGGAGUCAAUACUACUCAUGAACCCAUCGCGCAAGGGUUCCUCGACGGUGUUUCUAAAGCAGGUCCUUCAGUUCAAGCCAAAAAUGAUCAUUUACGUGAGUUGCAAUGUCUUCUCCCAGGCCAGAGAUUUGAAACAUCUUGAGAAGCUUCUGGAAAGCACUGAUGUGAAAUAUGAUGUAGAGAGCAUAACGGGUUUCGAUUUCUAUCCACAAACAAAACAUGUGGAAUCUGUUGCAAUAUUGAAAUUGAGGGUUUAA